GUUAUAUUAGGUGAGUUGUCGAGCUUCGCGUAUUAUAUCGAAAUAAAUAUUACAAAUAAAAUAUUCAUAAAUAUUCAUUCCUAAGACAUAUCGCGAUGAGUGUUGGCGAAAUAAUAACUUUUGAUGGACCAUACACAACAAACAAAUAUAAUCAGUUUUUCAAUCCAAACACUUGUCAUGUUUGCAAAUUGCCCAGCAAAAAUUUAAUACCAUGUAAUAAGUGCUAUAUGGUUUCUUAUUGUUCGAAGAAGCAUCAAAAGAUACAUGAAGACACACAUCUGGUAUUCUGCAGAAAUCUAGCAAGGAUAAUAAGAGACAAAUCGGAUUGGAACACAUGUCAUGAUCGGAGAAAAUGGGUGGAAUCAAGGAUGGCAAUUAUAAUAAAAAUAGCUAAUAUCACAAUAUACGAACAUGAUUUAGAAAUAAUAAUUCGCGCAAAAUCGUGUUUUAAAUGUUAUCGACAGAUAAACAUAAAGCCAUGCGUCAUUUGCUAUUCAGCUAAUUUUUGUGAUGAUCACCAAAUGCUAUUUAAUCUAGAACAUAAGGAUAACUGUAAAGAGCUGUUACUAUCACUGAACAUUAAUAUCGCUUGUAUAAAAAACAAUAUUAUGGAUUUAUGCCUAGCUUUUCAUAAAGAUAAAAUAAAAUCCGUCACAACAAAGAUGCAAGAAGUAACAGGUGCAACAAGUAAUCAACUGUACAGAAAAAAUAAAUUCCGCAGUUGUAGGCCACAUAGAAACUAUGUGACUCAUGGAGUGAAUUACCAUAAUGAGUAUUUUAUUAUGUAUUCAUGAAUUUAAAUCACUUAACCCAACCAAUCACAGGCUGAAGAUCAGGAGUUAUUUUAUCAUAGUUAUCAUUUCAGUAUAAUAUAGUAUUGUAGAUCGCGGGUGUUUUUUAGGUAAUAGGUCAUAGAAUAUUUGCAAUAUAUUUUAUAUGGAUUAUAAUCAUUAUGUUGUAUCUUUUAAACAAUAUAUAUAACUUAUUGAAUGUUUUACGAUUCUUAUGUUUUAAACUGUCAAAGUAUAUUAAAAAGUAUAAAAUUAAAAAUUUGGAACUAUUAAUAUCUUCUGAGUUUUCAUCUCUUAUUUUAAAUUAAGUACAAGUUUAAACAAAGUUGCCAAUAAAAUCCAGAUUUCUUAAUAUUAUGCAUGCAUUAGUAAAUAUAUAUUAUGUAUCUUCCCCUUUUUCUUUAAAAUUGUAGCACAUUUAUAUUUUGUCUCAAUAUUUUUUGAACAUUUUGCCAAUACAUUUCUAAAGAUAACCAACAAUCCAAGAAGUCUCAAAUUCUAAGAAUUAGUAAAAAUUCUGAUUCUGGCCUGUACUUGGAUAUUUAAUUACUUCGUUUUUUACUGUUCGUGUGAUAUUUGUGUAUUGUGCAUGGUAGCUGAAUAAUUGCAACAUUUUAUAUGGAUUACAUUCUUCAUACUUUACGUAGUACCAGAAUCUAUAACUCAUUACACUGACAUUACAAUAAAAAUUGCCAAAAAAAUAUUGAAACAUAGAAAAACAUAUCCGAAACUAUUAUUGGUGCCAUCGAUUAUUAUAUAUUAUUUGUAUCUGUAAACAUAGCUGGAAACAAAAUUUUUUUUUAAUAUUUUUAUUUGCAAAUAUAUUAUAUUUUCUCCCUUCUUCCUGUAAAUAUAUAACAUAUGCGCAGUUUGUUUCAAUAUAAACACAUCUCCUAUGUGCGCUUGAACGUAAUAAACUAUCCAAUGACAAAACUUAACUUUAGGUAAUUACGUAAAAACUUAAACAAUAUACAAAAAACGAAAUGUACAUCUCACAUAGUGUUAAACGUGUAUUGUUUUUAUAUACGAUUCAUACGUCUUACCUUGCGUAGGGUCUUGCUAAGCUUUUCAGUAUCUAUUUUAGUAUAUAGUAGAAUCAUACAUUUAGUAAAGCGAAGAUUUAGUAGAUCAUUCUCCCUUGCGUAGAGAUCUUGUUAAUCUUUUCGGUAUUAACGAUUUUUAAUAUAUUGGAGACUCAUUUAUUUAGUAAGCUGAAGAUUUAAUAGAUAUAUUCAUAGGAACAUAGAUAUAUUCAAUUGGAACAUAAGUUUCGGUCUACAACCUCGCUUUAAGCUUUAAUCAUAAGCAACUACUAACUGACUAAACACAAUCGAUUAUUCUUGAGAAGUAAGGAAAAUAAUUGACUAUGGUUGAUCAGUUGCUUAAGACUUAAAGCUUAAAGCAAGGUUGUAGACACUAAUGCGUCGUCUACAAUGGCAGUAAGAGUAGUAGUAGUAA